GGCAGUCCUCCCGGGAGGUUUCUUACAGCUGUCAGCGGUGCCCCGCGCUCCCUCCCUGCUGGCCCCAGAUGUGGGAACUGAGCCUCAAAAAAACGAAGUGAUGUGCCACAUCCCUAGCAAGUAUCAGAGCAGAAACCAAGUCUCCUGAAUCCAGGCCCUGUGCUUGUCCCCACUUACAUGACCUCUUCAACUGGGGAGACAGACCUAACAGGUUCUACAGAUGCCAUGACUCAGCAGCCCCAGGGUGAGUUUGACAGCAAUAUAGAGAGUGCCCAGGCAUGGAUGAAAGCUGUCCAGGAACGCCUGCAAGUUAAUGACAACACUCAAGGUCCCCGAGCUGCCCUAGAAGCCAGACUCAGAGAGACAGAGAAAAUAUGUCACCUGGAACCAGAGGGACAAAUGAAGAUGGACCUGGUCCUGAAGUCAGCAGACAAUCUCCUCAGCUGUUGCAGUGAAGAACAGAAGCACAAGAUCCUGGCCAGACUGAAGGACAUCAAAGCCCAGUGGGAAGAAACAGUUAUCUAUAUCACUCACUGUCACAGCCGGAUUGAGUGGGUGUGGCUGCACUGGAGUGAAUAUUUGCUGGCCCAGGAUGAAUUUUACCGGUGGUUCCAAAAGAUUAAGAUGACUUUGGAGACCAGUGUGGAGCUGCAGGUGGGACUCAAAGAAAAGCAGUGGCAACUUAGCCACUCUCAAGUCCUGCUCAAUAACAUCCUGAACCAGUCCAUCCUCCUGGAUAGGCUGCUCGAAGAAGCAGCCUCCUUGUUCAACAGGAUAGGAGACCCCAGUGUAGAUGAAAAUGUCCAGAAAAGGAUGAAGGGAGAAUAUGAAAAGAUAAAGGCCCAAGCCCAGGAAAGAGUCAGCCUACUUGAGAAGAUAACCAAGGAGCAUGAACAGUACAAGGCAAAUGUGGACCAAUUUCAGCUGUGGCUAAAUGGGGUGAUGGAAAAAGUGAACACCUCUCUAGGACGAAGAUGCAAGAUGUCUGCCAAGCAGCAGCUCAAAACUUUACAGAAUUUUGCUAAAGAUUUUCAGAGCGGUGAGAAGUCAUUAAAGAAGCUUGAGGAUCAAUCUGCUGGGGUUAUCCAGAACACCUCUCCUUUGGGAGGGGAGAAGAUUACUAAUGAACUUGAAGAGCUAAGAAAAGCCCUGGAAAAGCUGAAAUUUUUUUGCAAGGAGGAAGAGGAGAGAAGCCUGAAGACACUGAAGUCAGAGGGGGCCUAUGAGACGCAGGCCAAACAACUGGAAGCGGAGGUCAGAAGAUUCAGAAAGGAGCUACAGAGGCUAGCCGAGGACCUGGAACCUGGGGAGAAGGCAAGAGAUGAAGCCGAGUUGAUAGAGCACUGGAGAACUUACUCUGCCACCAGAUCAGCUCUGGCAACAGAAGAACCCAAGGCUGAAAGACUGAAGUCUCAACUUAAGGAACUUGUCCGAUUUAACCAUGAUUUGCAGCCUCUUUCAGACAGUGUUGUGACUACCAUGCAAGAGUUCCAAAGGGUUAAAGAAAAUUCUUCUAAACUGAGAAACCGUUCUGGCACAGACCUGUGGCAGUACUUUCAGCACCCAAUUCAAGAGUUCCAGCUGUGGAAGGCAUUGGCCCAGAAACUCUUGGCUGUCACCGACAGCCUCCCUGAUCUCGCAUCAAUACAUACCUUUUUGCCACAGAUUGAGGCAGCAUUGGCUGAAAGCUCACGCCUGAAGGAACAACUGAUCAUGUUAAACCUGAAGAAGGAUUUGCUGAUCAGCAUCUUUGGUGAAGAAAAGGCACAGUCUUUCCUCGAACAGGUGGCCAGCACUAUCAGGGAGAGAGACCUGCUGCAUAACAAUCUCUUGCAAAGAAACAGCAAAAUGCAAAGUGCAAUAUCUCAGCACAAUGACUUUGAUACUGCGUUUGAACCACUGCAGAAGAGGUUAGCAGAUCUCCACAUCAGGGCAGAAGCAGAGAAGGUGUUUCAGCAAGACCUCCCUAGUAAGCAGGCCCAGCUCCAGCGCUUGCAGCGGAUCCAGGAAGACUUGCAAGAGCUUGAAAUUAAGAUUGAAAACCUGAAGCCCCUAGUUCAGGCAAAUCCCAGACACCAGCAUAAAAUCAGCCAACUUUCAUCUGAUUAUCAGACCCUGAAGAGGUCCCUGGAGAUAACUAUGGAACAAAGCCAGCAGGAUGUUCGGGAGCACUGGACAUUCAACCACAAACUGUGGGAGCUCCAGCAGUGGAUUGGGAUGACCAAACAAAAACUGGAAUCCUACCAAGGGAAUGAAGACGAGUGGAAAGUAGAUGGCCAAUCCAUAGAAGAUAUUGAGAGGCUGGUGGCUGAAUUCCCUGAUAAGGAGGUACAAUUGCACUUGAUUGAAGCUCAUGGCCAACUGGUAAUGGAGACAUCAUCUCUUGAGGGAGCAGCUCUUGUCCAGGGGGAAUUAAAGGAACUGACGGAGUCUUGGAAGGCUCUGAAGUUGCUUCAGGAAACAUUGUUGAGCCUCAUCAGGAAGUGGCAGCUAAAAAACAAGGAGCUGGAUCCAGGGAAGAAAUUGGUUUUUUCCAACAAUGUCCCAAAGCAUGGGUUUCUCCUAGAUUCUGUGGACUCUGUUCCUAGGCACCGGGGUAAGGGAAGUCUGUCCGAAGAAGAAGAAGAAGAAAGUAAUGACGAUUUCUCCAAACUCCUGAAAGACUUUGAACAGUGGUUGAAGGUGGAAAAUACCAAGUUGAUCAAGAUCAUUGCCAUGAAAAAUUCCAAUGCUAAGGACUCCAAAAUAAGAAAAGACAAACUGAAGGAGCUGCAAGAUAGGCUCCCAGAAGGUCAGCAUCUUUUUGAAAAUCUUCUUCAUCUCCGACCAAAGAAAGGAACUUCUGAAAACUUGGAGGAUCUCCGCUACCGCUGGAUGCUCUAUAAAUCUAAACUCAAGGACUCCAGCCAUUUACUAGAGGCUCACAGUCCUCUUGGGAAGCCAACGGGAUUCAGAAAGAGUCGUCCAGGAGGACUGUGCCCCUUCCUCCAUCGAGUGUGCUGUGUAGCCCUACCCCUCCAGCUCUUCUUGCUGUCCCUGCUCUUACUUCUGUUGCUGCUGCCCCUAGGACAAGAGAGGUGGAGCUGUGCCUUUUCCAACAACUUCGCCCGUUCCUUCAAGCUGAUGCUGCGGUAUGAGGGCCCUCCACCAACUUAGCAAGCACCAAAAACCAGGAGACAGCAGGCUUGUCAUUCCAUGCUCUGGUCUGCCCUCCAACUCCAGGAUUUUUCCCAAGGACAUAGCACUAACUGGAAAUGUGGUCAGAGCCAGCCGGCAAAACCUUAAUCUGUUUUAGCCCAGCAUCAGUGUAACUGGAGCUAAGUUAAUUUUUUUAUACAAUAUUAUAUGACUAUAUUUAUAACAUAUGUUUGUAUGUGUUGUUAGGGAAUGAGAUGCAGGCUAUAUACAUGUGAUAGAUAUUCUUCGUGUAUGUUUAAAUACAUAAUUACUGUAUGUUAAUGGAAAAAAUCCUAACCUGCUUCUCAGAUAUCAUUCUGCAGUAUUUUUUGUAGCCAUGAAGAACAAAUAGAGUAACAUCUCAUUUAUCUGGAAAUCAAUUCUCUGCUAUCUAGACUCAACUUAGAACUUGACAGGAAACCAAAAAGAAAAAAGUCUCUGAACAGCUAAAAUAGAUACACGCACUAAAGUUCAUGCAUUUUAUUUAUUAGAGCCUCUCUGGCCCUCACUCAGAGUUUACUUACUCUUACUUUUUAUAAAAUUCUAACUAGUGAUUGAAGCACGCUAAAAUGUGAGUUAGCAUUGCUGUUAACGUUAUUAUUAUCUGGUCUCCCAGUCCAAAUCAGAUUAGAAGCAGAAAGUUACUGUCUUCCUCUUAAAUGGCAUUUUAUGUUUUACAAAAUGCUCUCCUCCCAACAACCCUAUGAUGCAGGUAGUUCAAGUAUCAUGGGGUCAUAUAUCUAGAGCUGGAAGGGACUAUGAAGGUCAUCUCUUCCAGUUCCCUCAUUUUACUGAUGUAGUAACUGGGACACAGAAAUUAAGUGAUUUGUCCAAGGACAAACAGGUUACAAAUCUGGGCUCAAACUCAAGUAUUCUGGCACUAAGUCCAGUGCUCUUUCCAAGUGGAGAAAGGCUUAGACAUGCUUUCAGAAAGCUCAGAGCCUGUGACCAUUCCAGGGAGGCAUAAAAAGCCCUGAUUAUUUUAGGAGCCCUUAAGAGUAUCUCCACAGGGCCCAGAAAGCCCAGGCUAUUAAAAAACAAACAAACAACUAAUGUUAAUCCUCUGGUACCUGUGCCAAAGAGGCAGCUUAGGGGAAUGAGUAGAAAGCUGACCAAGUUGGGAAGACUUGAGUUCAAACCCUGCCUCUGGGUAGCCAUGAGAAAAUUGCUUAUUUUUUAGUGCCCCAGGAAGCUCUUGAAGACCCUUAAGUUGCAAAGCAGGUGUGAUUCUUCAUUGGAAAGAAAUUUCCACAUUGGGAGUUCCUUAUAUCAUGGAAUCAUAGUUCUAAUUUUUAAAAAUCUCUGUUGAAGGAGUCAGGGAGGUAUAAUGCAUUUUAGGAAUGUGGGUUUUCAUCUAAAAAUGGUUAAAAUAAUCAUAGUUGGUAUGCUUUAAAGAAGAAACCAGUUAUCCAGAAAAUUCACUUAGGUGGAAUUGUUCCUUCCCCAAUCACUGUGAGGCAUAGCUCAUAAAAGUUAGUGCUGGAAGGGACCAGAUAAACAAGGAAUUACUGUAUUUGCCUUACGGCUAAUUUUGUAUUGUUUACAAUCCAAUUAAAGGGAUGAGUAAGAGGAAUGUUUGGAACUUGUGUGAGAAAUGCAGUAUAGAAAAUAAGGCAAUGUGCCCCAGAUAUGGGGCAACCUCACUUUGGGACCUCCAUUGCUGUUCAUCUCUGACCUCCCAGUUUCACACACACACACACACACACACACACACACACACACACACACACACACACACACACACACACAC